CUUAGGUCUGUUUAACAGAUAAAACAUUGUUAUUGGUGAAAGGGCGUUAUUUUGAAUUUUGUUAGAGGAUACAUCUAUGAAUUUCUAGAUAGCUUAAUGCAAAACAACCAUUCAUAUUAAUCAAGAUAAUUGUCUUUGGAUUAAAUAACAUCAGUGCCACGGUGUCAGUGCGCGAAAAUUGGCACACGACAAAGUCAAAGGAUUUAACAGGUUUAUAUUAAUGUAAAUGCGCGCUGUCGGAACUGUAGUUAAAAAUAAUUGAAAUAAAAAUUAAAUAUUUGAAAUAGGGAAACUGUGAUAUGCAUUAAGAUCAGAGUCACGUUCUGCUUUUCAUGCAAGUGGAAAUAGAUAGGGGAAAUAAUAAGAACCGAAAUUUGGUUCAGAAUCAUCAUCAACCUCCCAUGGCUGGACCAGCGCAGGCGCAACCUUCUAAGCAAUCUCCUUUUAUGUUCAGUUGAAAUAAGCUACUUAAGCCUGUUAAGCUUAAGAAGUUUCGAGAAAUUGGGCCAGGCUGUUUAAAUGGAAGCGGAUGAGCAAUUGGAAGAAGAAAUUGAAAGAACAACAUCAGGGGUUAAAAUCAGAAUAGCCCAAAUGGCUGGACCGGCGCAGGCACAACCUUCUUACCAUUUGCCGAAGAUGUUCAGGGUUGGAGAACACAUAGGGUCGGAGGAUCGUAGAACAGAGUUCAAAGAAGGUGCAGGAUUUAUCAAAAAUGACUUUCGUUCCAACGUGGCAAAAUAUGUGUCAGCAUUUAUCAACUGCCAUGAAAACGGAAGACUAUUUAUAGGAGUGAAAGAUAACGGUGACGUGAAGGGCUAUGAAAUGAACCAAACACUGGAGGAUAAAAUGCGACGUGAUAUUGAUGAGGCAAUUAAAGAUAUAACGCCGAAUAUAUACCCGAAAGACUACUCCGUUGACUUUAUACCCGUAGCAGAUGAAAACGAAUAUGUAUCGGAUGGGAAUAGAUCAGUAUGGUACUCCGUUGUGAUAUGUAUAACUGUCCUCGGAGAUCGUAUAAACACCAAAGGGAAGCUCUACAGCACACGUCAAGGCACUUUUAUGAGAAGAGACGGCGGAGUGCAAACAUUGAGUGCACAGGAUUUUCACAGCUUCUACCAAGAAAAAUACCAAACUAAGAGAACAUCGUUGGAAAGAAACAUACAAGAAUUGCUUGAUACAACAAGAGAACAGCAAAAAGAAAUAGAACAAUUAAAACGACAUCAAGUUGAGAAUGCGACGGUCCAAGGAACAGUGGCGUCAAAACAGACCAUAGAAGAAAUCAAGACACUUCGUUCCAUCAUUGAAUCACAACAUAAGAAAUCAAAAGUGUGUUCAAUAUCGUAGAACGGUAUUUUAGGUGUUGGUAUCAGUCACAUUUUGUGUUGGCACUCCCAGUAUAAGAUGCAAUUGUAAAAAACAUUUCAUAAAAUACUGUCAUGUAAACC